AAAGGAAUUCUUUGAUGUUUAAUAAUGAUCCAUGGUGCUGGAGAGGAGGAAAAUGAUGAGUUUAGAAGUCCUGUAAUUGUCAUGGAUCAUGGACUUCCAGAACUGUUUUUAAUUUUUGGAUUAGGGCAAAUUCCACACAGCAACAAGGGAGUGGGGGAGGAGGGAAAGCUUGGAGGGAGAUGCUACGCUAAGAUUAUGCUAUGAUAAAUGGAAAAGAGAUGAGUGGCGGAGAUCUGGAGUGUUAGCAUUUUCUGAAGGAGAGAGCAUUUUGACAUGGGUUGGCACAACCAAAGGUGGAAAGGGAACUAUGUAUGAGGGUUUUUCAUACAAACUUUCCCUGUGAUUCCCAUUGGACUUCCCUUUCAAGCCACCUCAAGUGAGGUUUGAAACCAUGUGCUUCCAUCCAAAUGUUGAUCAGUUUGGGAACAUUUGCCUUGAUAUUCUUCAGCAGGACAAAUGGUCUUCUGCUUAUGGUUGCCAAACCAUUCUAUUGUGCUUUCAAAAUCUAUGAGGAGUUCUGGUUUCUCUUCCUUUAAUAUUUAAGUCAAGAAACUGGUAAAAUAUCUCUCUAAAUUGACCAAGAACUAUUGUUGCAUGCAAAGCUAAUCCCAAUAGUACCCUCAACAGCUAUGCUGCAAAACAAUGGAGCAAUAAAGAAGGUUGAAGAUUGAACCCGGUUAUUUCCCAUAUCAUAUUUAAUCCUCAUUGCCAUUUUUUAUUGCGUUUGAAGAUUAAGUUUCAAAGUUUAAUGCUCCUAGGUUGACAAUUGUUUAUUGACCUAAACUAGGUAUUAUGUACUAUGUAUAUGCAUUAAACUUUAAGGAAUUUGAUUAUUUGGAAAAGAAACGUUGAAUUCGUUUACCAACUAUACAAUCUUAUUCUUGCACAGAAUUGCUACACUCAAACCUUUUAUUAUAUAACUACUGAAAUAAGCUUGACAGUCAUGGUUCUUUAUGCUUAUUCUUCUAUCAUGGUCUCCACUUCCUCUUCACAACACUAGCUACAAGAUUGAAUAACUUUGUUAGUUGCUUCCUUGCUGUUACCACUGCCUAAUAUGUUUAGCUCAUGAGCUGGGAAGGAUCUCUCUGUGGUUCCCUAAGCUCCCUGAGAAUUAGUUUUCUUCAAUUCCAUUCAAGCAGACUUCAAAAGAAAACCUUCUCAUCAAUAAGUAGAAAUUUGGGGAUUUGGUAUAUGCAAAUGAAGAGAGGGCUUGUAAAGGGAGUUGUCCAGUUAUUUGUUUUUGGUGUGGAGUGAAUUGGAUGCACACCAGAGGGCAAAAUUUUUAGAGAGGAAGAGUAGGGAGAUAGGAAUCAUAUUAUUUUCCUAGAGAGAUUUGAUUUGCACACAGGAAAUGGGAUCUUGAGGACUACUACAUGAAAGAAUCUGGCAGGAGCACCGCCUUGGCUAGCUAUUUCUAUCAUCAUAUUUCCUUCAAUGUAAACCAUAGUCAUGGUAUAUGCAUUUCUGUUUAUGCCAUGGCUGUGUAAUUUGCUACAUUAGUGUAUUUUU